AUGGGGUGGGGGCAGCCGGCAGAGGCGCCUCCCCCUCCCCGUUCUCUGGAAAAGCUCGCGGCCGACAGCCCAUUUUGCCCUCGAGGGUUUGCUACGAAGCAAAUCAUCUCCGCCCGCCUCCGAAGCGUGGUCGUCGGCCAAGAAGAAGGUGAGGCUCCCGCCGCUGCCUCCCGCACACACGGCGGAGCGAAGGAUCCAGACCGGGAUUGCCAAGGAGCUCACGUGAAGGAGGAGGCGGAGCGGCGGCUCUUGCCGGCCAAUCAUUGCAGCCGCAGCCUCGACGGGACCGGUCUGCGCGGUGCAGCCUCCGCAGUGUGGGGAGCCAGAACACAGCGGGCCCCGCGUCCUGCCAGCUGGAGCGCAUCAAGGUCGUCUCUUCGGAGCGCCUGCCUGCUUCCCGGCCGGCGGCCAAGGAGGCGUAUGGCGCCCGGCAGCCCCCUGCCCGCCCUGCUGCUGCUGCUGCUGCUGCUCCCCCCGCCAGGCCUUGCCGAGCCUGAGACCACCAUCGACGGGCGGGCACUGUCGUUCAGCAACCUGCAGGAGGCGGAGAGCCGGGCCUUCACCUGCCUUUCCGCGGCGCCCAGCCUGGCCUGGUACCUCAACGGCGAGCGGCAGGAGACCAGCGGUUCCGGUAGGUUCCUGGCCACGGGCGACGGCGGCAGUGGCAGUGGCAACGGCGGCGCCUUCGAGGAGAGCAGCAGCAGCACCUUCGUGGUGACAGCGCGGCGCUUGGAUCGCCAGCUCAACUGCUCGGCCACCGACCCGGCCACGGGCCACGUCUCCAACGCCUCCGUGCUCCUCAACGUACAGUUUAAACCAGAAAUCGUGAAGAUGGAUGCCCACUAUGAAGAGGCGAGGGAGCCUGGACUCCUCCUGGUGCUCUUUGUGUUGGUCCAAGCCAACCCCCCUGCCAACAUCACUUGGGUGGACCAGGAUGGGCAGGUGAUGGUGAACACCUCCAACUUCCUCAUUGUGGACACCAAAACCUACCCCUGGCUCACCAACCACACCGUGCAAGUGCAGCUCAGCAGCCGGUCCCAGAACUUCUCCUUCAGCGCCUCCAAUGAUGUGGGCAUCAUCAACUCCUCUAUUCCGCUGCCCGGUUUCCUGGACACCCGCAUUGAGCUCUCCCUUCUGGUGCUUGUGGUGGGGUGUGUGGCGGCCCUGGCAACUGUCCUGGGCCUUGGUGGUCUCAUCAGCUGUGCCAUCUACCGGCAGGGCAAGAAGGCGGCAGGUAGGUGCAGGGGAAGCCAAGCAGGAUUCUGCCUCUCCCCCUGCCAGGACUGGCCCUCCCCAAUUCUUUUUCUUCACCCUGCAGGACUUGCCCCACCAGCGCCGCUGCCUCUGAGUGACUCCAACAACCUGAGGCCAAGGGCAGCACGGCUUCCCCGGGCAAAUAUGUCCCUCCCUUCCAACCUACAGCUCAACGACCUCACCCCCGAGACCAAAGCCAAGGUCAGGAUGGAACAAGCUGCAGCGGAACAGGAGGAAGAGGCCCGCUCUGAGCCAGAGAACAACUUCGCCCUUGUAGAAAGAGGUUUUGGCCGAUACCCUAUGGUUGGAUACAUCUACAGAGCUUCCAGCAUGAGCAGUGACGAGAUCUGGCUGUGAGGGCUGUUGCUGCACCCACCAGCAGGCACAAAGAGCAGCAGCGGAAGUCCUGAAGAGGCGGACUUCCAAGGCAGCUUGAACUGCAGGGAUGGGGCCUUGCACCUCUAAAGCAAGAUCCCAUGUGUGAGGCCCCGGUGCCUGAAAGAAGGAUAUUGACUGUGGUUCAAGGAAGACCUGCAGCUGCCAAGGGCUCCCCCACCCCCAAGCUGCAGUACAUCUCUAGGCCCACCAAGUGACUCGUGUUCCCCUGAAGAACAUCCCUCCCACAAUAGCCAUCGGUUGGCCCACUCCUCCUUCCUCUUCCCAACCUCAGGGGUGGCUCAAUCUGCAUGUGAUGGCUCUUCCUUGGCAUGAAGGGAGCCAGCCAGGGCACUGGGAAACUGGCAAGCCCCGGCGCAGGUGCUGCUGCUGCCAACUGAGCUGAAGCAUGCUGCUUUCUAGCUUCUGCACUUUACAAAUAAAUGGCUGUGAUCAAA